UUUUAUUUUGCCUCAAACAGCUAUGGGGUGUAAUUCUAGCUGUCCGGAAAGACAUGUUAAGAUGUUUCUUCACAGACCAAGUAAGACGGGGCUAGGCGGACAGAUGCAAUUGGCGGUGAAAUGAGCUCUUAAUGCAGGUGGUGCGGAAAGUGACACUCGUCUAGCGGCUUUUAUUACACAUAAAGACCGUCUCAAGGCUUUCAAAGUUUCUUAUAAACACACAAUGAAGUACAUUUUGGUAACCGGUGGGGUCAUCUCUGGAAUUGGCAAAGGCAUCAUUGCCAGCAGUGUGGGCACAAUUUUAAAAUCUUGCGGUCUCCAUGUCACUUCCAUCAAAAUCGACCCAUAUAUCAACAUUGAUGCAGGCACCUUCUCCCCAUAUGAGCAUGGUGAAGUGUUUGUGCUUGAUGAUGGAGGAGAAGUGGAUCUUGAUUUAGGAAACUAUGAACGAUUUCUGGAUAUCCGUCUCACCAAAGACAACAACUUGACAACUGGCAAAAUUUACCAGUAUGUCAUCAAUAAAGAACGCAAAGGAGAUUACUUGGGUAAAACCGUUCAAGUUGUGCCUCAUAUUACUGAUGCCAUCCAGGAAUGGGUGAUGCGUCAAGCCAAGAUCCCAGUGGAUGACGACGAGAUGGAGCCUCAAGUUUGUGUUAUUGAGUUAGGAGGUACUGUCGGAGACAUUGAAAGUAUGCCGUUCAUUGAAGCUUUCCGCCAGUUUCAGUUCAAAGUCCGCAAAGAGAAUUUUUGCAAUAUCCACGUCAGCCUUGUGCCACAGCCCAGUGCAACAGGAGAGCAGAAAACAAAACCAACUCAGAACAGUGUUAGAGAGCUGCGGGGCCUUGGCUUAUCCCCAGACUUGGUGGUAUGUCGAUGUUCAACACCCUUGGACACUUCUGUCAAAGAAAAGAUUUCGAUGUUCUGCCAUGUGCAACCUGAGCAGGUGAUUUGUGUACAUGAUGUCUCUUCAAUAUACAGAGUUCCCCUACUCUUAGAGGAGCAGGGAGUUGUCGCCUAUUUCUGCAACCGUCUAGACCUACCUAUGGAAUCAAGGCCUAGAAAGAUGCUUGCAAAGUGGAAGGAGAUGUCUGACAGGUCAGAUAGGCUUCUUGAAAAUUGCUCUAUAGCUCUAGUUGGCAAAUACACCAAAUUUUCAGACUCCUACGCUUCUGUCAUCAAAGCUUUGGAACAUUCAGCUCUUGCCAUAAACCACAAGCUACAGAUCAAGUAUAUUGACUCAGCUGACCUUGAGCCAGACACUAUGCAAGAAGAACCAGUCCGCUACCAUGAGGCCUGGCAGAAGCUUUGCAGUGCUAAUGGCAUUCUGGUUCCUGGAGGAUUUGGGGUCCGUGGUACUGAGGGGAAAAUCCAGGCUAUAUCUUGGGCUAGAAAACAGAAGAAACCUUUUCUAGGUGUGUGUCUCGGUAUGCAGCUUGCAGUGUGUGAAUACGCAAGGAAUGUCCUCAGCUGGCCAGAUGCUAACUCAACAGAGUUUAAUCCAGACACCAAAUACCCAGUGGUGGUGGACAUGCCAGAACACAACCCAGGACAGAUGGGAGGCACCAUGCGACUAGGAAAAAGGAGGACCAUCUUCAGAUCCAGCAACUCCAUACUGAGAAAGCUGUAUGGAGAUGUUGACCAUGUGGAUGAGCGGCACAGACACAGGUUUGAGGUGAACCCGGACUUGAAACAGCAUUUUGAAGAUAGAGGCUUUCGGUUUGUGGGCGAAGACAUAGAGGGGGAGAGGAUGGAGAUCAUUGAGCUUGACGAUCAUCCAUACUUUGUGGGAGUGCAGUACCACCCAGAGUUCACCUCACGACCCAUGAAACCCUCUCCACCUUAUUUUGGACUUUUACUGGCUGCAGCUGGAAAGUUGAACAGCUAUCUGCAAAGAGGAUGCCGGCUGUCACCAAGGGAUACUUACAGCGAUCGCAGUGGCAGUAGCUCUCCCGACUCUGAAAUUACAGAGCUAAAAUUUCCCAGUGUGAGUCAAGACUGAGACACAGGAAAUACAUGAAGAAUUUUGGUUUUAAAUGUUUUCCUGGGGCAGGAUACCUUUUAUUUUCCUUUAGUUAUUUUGUGUAUUACUGUUCAGUAUAGGAUGGUGAACUGAAAACAACACAUUGAAAAACCUUGAUAAAGGAAGCACCACUGGGGUAGUGCAAAGAUCAUGCCUUUAACCAGAUAAAUACUGGCUACAAGUGUACCGAGGAGUGCGGAGCAGGCACAAAGGAGAUCCUGUUUGCCUGUGAAGCAAAAGGUGGUUGUACAAAUUGGCCACUGGUGUGCCCAUAUGCAUACAUAACCAAUUUAAAAUAAACCCAAGGCUGGAAGGUGUAAUUUCCAAUAGAAAUCCAAAAAUGAAAUUGCUCAAUCCAUCUGCUGCCAUUUACCUCUGCUUUUUUUUUUUUUUAAAGAUUUAUAUAUAAAAGUACACACUGCAGUUUUUUUUUCUCUUAAUGUAUGAAAAAUGUAUUUAAAUGUGGCUGUAAAUUUCCUCUCUCCACUCAUGUAAGUUGUCAAUUGCUUGUUUUUAUUAAAAUUUAUUUCAGUCACUCUGGUAAAAGCCAAAGGGUCAGUUUAAAU